UUUGAAUUUGGCCAUUCUCGAACAAACCUAGUAGUGACUGAAGUUUUUAUUUAAACAUGGCGGCGUACACAACACAGGAAAGUCGGCUCGCAAUUGAAAUGACACGACUUCAUAAACGAAUCUUAUUGAGUGAUUAAUAGUGCAAACAACAGCAUCUUACCGAACCGAGGCUCGAGUGUUGUUUCUCUGUGAUGACAGACCGACUCGUUGUCCGUCCCUCUGCCCACCGACGCCUCAGACAUGGACAACAGCACACAUCACAGCAACGAAUCCGCCUUCCUGUACUUCGCCUACGGAAGUAAUCUCCUGAAGGAGCGUCUACAGCUCAAGAAUCCGUCAGCAAGUGUUUACUGCGUGGCCAAGCUGAAGGACUACAAACUGGUCUUUGGGAACCCCGGCGGGCUGGAGAGCCAACGCUGGCAUGGGGGUGUGGCCACUAUCGAGCACAGCCCGGGGGAUGAGGUGUGGGGUGUGGUGUGGAGGAUGAAUAUGUCCGACCUGGAGUCCUUGGACAGACAGGAGAGUGUUAAACGAGGGACGUAUAGCCCGAUGGAGGUGUCCGUCUCCACCCGUGACCAGGAUUUCUACUGUCGCUCGUACGUCAUGAACAGCUGUGUGUACGCUCCACCAUCACCACAGUAUCUGCAGGUGAUCGUGACGGGAGCGGAACAGAACGGCUUACCGGAGGACUACCAAAAGAAGCUCAGGUCUAUUGAAGCCAACAAAUACGAGGGUUCUCUGCCUGUGAUGAAAGAACUGAAGAAAGCUAUGAAGAAAUCUAAAGAACGGAAGGAAGAGACACUAUCUGAUGAUUAGUGUUAGAUCCGCUCGCUCUCGAUGUGCAUCAUCAGCUGUAUUGAAGAUUCUAGAUCUGUAUUUUCAUGAAAAUCUAGUCACGUCAAUCACAUAUGUGUGCAGUAUUUGUACUGUAUGGCAGCAAAAAUUAAACUGCAUAAAAGAUC